GGGCGCAGCUGCAACAUAGUCGGGCAGACGUAGCUGUGCGAGAAGAAGAGACAGAACGUAAUAAACUCCUCACAUAGUCUAUCGCCUGAUCGUACAACGAACUUGAAGCUUGCUCGCUGCUCAGACGCUGCUUAGAGAUGGAUAUCCUCACCUUGUUGCCCUCCAGCUUCGGAUAUGUCAUAUUUACUUACCUGUACAGCUGGAUUAUGCUGGGUUAUUUAGCAGUCAAGGUUGGAGGCGCGAGGAAAAAAUACAACGUCACGUACCCCACCAUGUACAGCGACAAGGAGCAGGUCUUCAACUGCAUCCAGAGAGCCCACCAGAACACCUUGGAGGUGUACCCCCAGUGGCUCGUUUUCCAAACCAUUGCAGCCCUCGUUUAUCCGUUAUCUGCAGCUGUGCUGGGAGCCAUUUGGGUGACCAGUAGGUUUUCCUAUGCCUGGGGCUACUACACAGGAAAUCCAGCCAAGAGGAUGAAUGGUGCUUAUGGUUACAUUGGAUACUUUGGCGUCAUCAUCCUGUCCAUAUCUGUCGCCCUGCAGCUGCUUGGAGUCUUUUAAGCUAAUUGUCAGCCUGGCUUUGCCCACUGCUUGAUGAGUUUAAUGGCUCAAUAAUUAAAAGCACGGCAGUAAUAACAUUUUUAUGUUGUAUUUUCUUUAAAAAAAAUAAAUAAAAUCCAUAUGUUUUAUAUAGACCACUAACUUGAAAUCACAGCUUUUCUAUAAUUUCUAUAUGCAAGUGAUUAUCAGUAAACUAUAUUGACUAUUUUUAUAGCCUCUAAUGUAUUUUCUAUGUAGCCUCUUCAUAGUACGUAUUUGCAUUGCUGUAUAUCAACUCUUCAAAUCUUUAUUACAAUGUUUUUUUUUUCUUUUUCUAAAGGUUCUUGUUUGAGAUGAAACUGUUGUUUUCCAAUGAAACAUUGAUUUAACCUUUUUUUUUAAUUUAGCUGGAAUCCUAGUCAUAAGCAAUAAAUCCAAAUAAAGA